AAAGAAAGAGAGAGAGAGCAAUGGCGAGUGAAUACAGAUGCGUGGGAUGUGGGUCGAGGGUUAAGUCAUUGUUCAUUCAAUACUCUCGGGGAAACAUUCGUCUAAUGAAAUGCGGAAACUGCAAGGAAGUCGCAGACGAAUACAUCGAGUGUGAACGCAUGAUUAUUUUCAUCGAUUUAGUUCUCCACAGACCUAAAGUAUACAGGCACGUCCUCUACAAUGAAAUUAAUCAAGAAACUGUUAAUGUUCAGCAUCUGUUGUGGAAGCUGGUCUUUGCUUAUCUUCUUCUAGACUCUUAUAGAAGCUUGCUACUGAGAAGAACUCAUGAGCAUUUGAGCUUGGUUCUGAUAACUAUGAAGGUUCUAGUCGACGUCCUGUCUACAAAUCUUGCAUUUCUCUUCUCUUUUGCCAUUGCUGCUAAGGUUUUGCUACAUGAAGUUUCCAGAAAAAGAGAGAUUCUUUUGGGGAUAUUAAUCUCAAGUUACUUCAAGAUCUUUAUGCUAGCGAUGCUGGUAUGGGAGUUCCCAGUGUCAGUGAUCUUCAUUAUAGAUAUACUUGUCUUAACAUCCAACUCCAUGGCUCUUAAAGUGAUGACUGAAUCAUCCACGAGCAGAUGCAUAGUUGUAUGCUUAAUCGCGCACACAGUUAGAUUCUUGGCGGGUCAGAUCUUUGAGCCAACAACAUUCUUCACACAAUUUGGAUCCAUUGUUCAUCUGUCUUCUUUGUUCAAAAUCUUAUGAUCCCACCAUCAUCUUCCAUUGUAAUCUUUUGUUUUAGAAUAAAAGAUGACAUUGCAGUUUGCAAUAUAUCACUUGACAUGUAUUGAAUAUCUAUGUACCCAAUUAUAUGUUGGCCCAUGUGAAAGUUAAAUCGGGCCUUUAGCAAGGA